CGGUCCUUGCGGGCUUGUGAUCUGCAAGUGUGCAUCUCUGUGGGCAUUGUCUCCACCCGGGAGCCCCUGCCAGGCCUGCAAUCCCUGCCUCGGUGGGGAGUUCAGAUCCGGGUUCUCACUGAAGCUGCCCUCAGUGUGGAAAGAGCUCUGCCUGUGCACGUGACUCGACUCUUGGACGAGCACAAGGAAUAUGGCUCCAGGGCUCCUGACAACCAGGGAUGAGGCAUUAAUAACCUUCAGAGAUGUAGCUGUGGCCUUCACCGAGAAGGAGUGGAAACUACUGAGUCCUGCUCAGAGGACCCUGUAUCAGGAUGUAAUGCUGGAGACCUACAGCCACUUGGUGUCGCUGGGAAUUGCCUUUUCCAAACCCAAACUCAUCACACAACUGGAGCAAGGGGAUGAGCCCUGGAGAGAGGAGCGCGAAUGUCUUCUGGGCCCCUGUCCAGCAGAACCAAGGACAGAAUUCCAGCCCAGUCUCUCCUGCCUGGUGGCCUUUUCCAGUCUGCAGUUCCUCAGACAAUAUGUGCCGUGUGGUCACCCCCCUGAGAUUUCCCCAAGCUCUUCUGUAGGAAGUCACUUCCCACUGGAAGCUCCAAGCUGCUCGAGUGGAAAAGCAGAAGACGGAGAGAGAGAAGGCUCUGGCACUGUGUUCAGGAGGCUGCAGCCAAGUGGGACUUCAAGCAUAAUCUUUGGCCCAUUUCAGGGUCAGCCGGUAGACAGGGUAGAAGACAACAGAGGUGAAGGAACAGACCAGAAGGUGAAUCCUGAGGGGGCAGACACAAUGUUGACAGGGGCAGACUGCUCAGAAUCUGGAGCAGUCAUGUGUGAAAAAUACAAAGGACAACGCAGCACAAACUCGAGCCUCUUCAGCCUCCAGAAGCCUCAUGUGUGUCCUGAAUGUGGCAGAGGUUUCUGCCAGAGGUCAGACCUCCGCAAACACCAGAGGAUGCACACAGGAGAGAAGCCUUAUAGUUGUGGGGAGUGUGGGCGAGGCUUUGGCCGGAAGUCCUCCCUCACUAUACACCAGAGGAAACACUCAGGGGAGAAGCCCUACGUGUGCAGGGAAUGUGGGCGACACUUCAGGUAUAGGUCCUCGCUCACUAACCACAAGAGGAUACACUCUGGAGAGAGACCCUUUGUAUGUCAGGAGUGUGGGAGAGGCUUUCGCCAGAAGAUUGCCCUCGUCCUGCACCAGAGGACACACUUGGAGGAGAAGCCCUUCGUGUGUCCUGAGUGUGGGAGAGGCUUUUGCCAGAAGGCAUCGCUCCUCCAACACCAGAGCUCACAUUCUGGUGAGAGGCCCUUCUUGUGCCUGGAGUGUGGGCGUGGCUUCAGGCAGCAAUCCCUGCUGCUUGUUCACCAGGUCACGCACUCAGGGGAGAAGCCCUAUGUCUGUGCUGACUGUGGGCAUGGCUUUCGCCAGAAUGCCACCCUCAUCAGACACCAGAGGACACACACAGGGGAAAAGCCUUACCUGUGCUCUGAGUGCGGGCGUAGCUUUCGUCAGAAGGUCUCCCUCGUGGGACACCAGAGGACUCACACGGGGGAGAAGCCCUAUGUGUGCCCUGAGUGUGGGCGGGGCUUUGGUCACAAGGUCACCCUCAUCAGACACCAGACGACACACACAGGGGAGAAGCCUUACAUGUGCUCUGAGUGUGGCCGCACCUUUGGCUUCAAGUCACAUCUUACCAGACACCAGAGGACACACUUAGGGGAGGAGUCUGAUGUGUAUGGAGCCUGUGAGCAGGGACUGAGCCAGAAACCUGACCUCACCUCUGACCAGAAGACACACUCAGGAGAGAAGCCAUGUGUGUGUGGGGAGUGUGGGCGUGGCUUUGGCUUCAAGUCAGCCCUCAUCAGACACCAGCGGACCCACUCGGGAGAGAAGCCAUACGUGUGCAGGCAGUGUGGUCGUGGCUUUAGCCAGAAGUCUCACCUCCACAGACAUAGGAGGACCAUGUCUGGCCAUCACUCCCUGCCACAAGAGCUUUUCUCCUGACCUUCCCUUUCCUUUCUCCAUCAGCAUGAAGAUGGCAGAAGUCACUAGGAAAUGUUCCACUUUUCUCAAAUGCAGUGGAGAAAAGAGUACUGCAUUCUUUCAGUGAUAAGAGAGUUGGUUUAUGGUUUCCCUCCUACACUAGGAGUGUGUUUUAUUUUUCCAGGGCGGCCAUAAUAAAAUACCACAGACUUGGUGCCUUGAAGAACAGAAACUUAUUUUCUCAAAGUUUUUGAGGCCAAGAGUCCAAGAUCAACACACAAGCAGUCUAGUUUCUACUGAAGCCUCUGUCCUUGGCUUGCAGAUGUGACUCCAUUCUUGCUGUGUUCAUGUGGCCUUUAUUCUAUGUGUAUGCUUUCCUAGUGUCUCCCUCUUGUAAGGACACCAGACAUACUGGGUUAGGGACCUCUAUACCAUUUACCCUUUAAAAACCCUGUCAUCAAAUAUGUCACAUGGUAGAUUAUCCCUUCAACAUAUGAAUUUUGUGGAACAACUCAGCCCAUAACACUCAGCCCUCUAGUCUACCCCUCAAAUGAAUGUCCUUUCUCACAUACAGAAUACACUCACCCAUCUUAAGAGCCUCAAAACUCAACGCACUCCAGCAUCAACUGUAUGUCCAGAAUCUCACCUAAAACACAUGGGUGAGACUAGAGAUGUGUUUCACCCUUAGGCAGAAUUCUUUAGCUGUGAACCUGUAAACCAGACAAAUUAUGUUUCAAAAAUACAAUAGUGGGACAGGCCUAGAAUUCCCAAUCCCAUUCGAAAAGUAGAGAGAAAACGGGAUUGAUGGUCCCAAGCAAAUCUAAAACCUAGCAAGGCAGAUUCUGUUAUGUUUAAGGCUCAAGGACAAUCUUUGGUUGGAUCCUCGGCUCUCUGGUCCCACUUGGGUGGCAUUGGUGGUGCCAGGCACUGUGAAACCAUGCAAGAGACACACUGGCUCCUCAGACUUUUACUCUCUGGGCCCACUGUGGGAGUAGCAGACCUGCUCAUCUCUGUUUUACCUUUGGGGUCAUUCUCUGCUCUUACUCAUGGGCCACACAUGUUCUCCGUUGAGUAGAUCUAUUCUCAACCUUCCCUAGUCUGCAGAAUGCCUUCAGUUUGUCCCAUGUGUAUCACCAUUAGUCCAACCUGCCAGAGUUUCUGCUGAGAUAGCUGAAUGGUUCCAAACUAAUCUUUUUUUAUCAAAGGACUGUCUAGCCACAUCGUGAUGUUCUUUCAUGUUUUCUCAUUUUUUUAUAAUAUGGAUAGGCUGAGAAUUUUCCAGUCUUGAAGUUCUGUUCCUUUUUGUUUAACAGGUCCUUCAGUUUAUCCCUCUUCUCUCACAUUUUACUAUAAGGAGCAAGAAGACACCAGGCUGCACCUUCAACACCUUGUUCAGUAAUCUCUGCUAAAUAUUAGUCAUUUAUGCCCUCUAGAUUCCCAAAAUUUAUGUGACCAGUUAUGAACUCCUGCCAUAAAAAUGUCUUCUCACCUUUCCUUUCCAUUACCCAUGAAUGUGAACAUGGCAGAAAUCACUAGGAAAUGUUCUGCUCUGCUGAAAUGGAAUGGAGGAAAAACAAUGUUCAUGAGAUAGUCUGUUUAUGGUUUAUUUUCUAAGCAGCAGUCCUCUAUAUUUUAUUUCCUUUUAUUUUAAUAAACUGCUUCUAUAUAUGCA